UCUCACAAUUUAAAUAGAACACCACUCUCUCUCAUCGGAUCGCUUCUGCAAUACAUUACUCGUCGAAAAUGAUGAAUUUCAGGCGUUAUUCUCAAAAUCCAGCAGCUCUCUUCAAGCUCCACGUUUUCAUGCAACACCUUUUCUAGAUGAAGCAAGUACCAGAACAUGAAAGACUCAACGAGUCUUUUCUGCUAUAAGGCUCAAACAGCGUAGCUUUGUCACAUUUUCUGGAAUCCAUCAUGUGGAAAUCUAUAUCACAUACCAUUCGGGGAUUUAGGCAAAAGAAAAACAUUGCUGAGCUAGUCAGGGUUUGCCAUGAAGCAUCAGAUGAUGAGAUCUCUUCAAACGCUAGCACUGAAGAAGGGCUGGAAUGCCCAAUCUGUUGGGAAUCAUUCAAUAUUGUUGAGAACGUGCCUUAUGUUUUAUGGUGCGGCCACAGCCUCUGCAAGAAUUGCAUCAUGGGGCUUCGUUUGGCUACUCUGAAGUUUUCCCCGCAUCUGAUUCAGAUUCCCUUUUUUGUUUCCUGCCCAUGGUGUAAUUUCCUGACAUUCCGUCUCCUUUACAAGGAUAAUCUUAGAUUCCCAAGCAAGAACUUCUUCAUACUGUGGAUGGUGGAAAGCAGAAAUGGUGAGAGGGUGAAGACACUUUCGUCCAUCUGUAGAGACCGUCAACAAAUAUGGUCCCAAAGGUGCCCUUCAGCUACCAGUAAUAACUCUUCUGAUGCCACCAGCAGGACAUUGCAUCGUCUUGGUCAUUCAAGCUACAGAUAUAAUCACAGCCGCUACAGCGAUAGAUUCACUGCUGAAAGGCUCCAGAUGUCCCUCCACAAAUCCCUCGACUUCUUCAUUAGAGUGAUGGCCAAGUUUCCACUGGUUCUUCUACUCAUGAUCGUCACAUUUGCAUUACCUGUGAGUGCUGUCAUCCUAAUGCUCUACUUGGCAAUAACAAUUCUCUUUGCGGUUCCAGCCUUCUUGGUUCUGUAUUUUGCAUAUCCCCUGCUGGAUUGGCUGGGACGAGAGAUGAGAACUUAGAACAAUAUUCUUUUAUUAAAAUGUGUCGUUGUUUUUAGUCCAUGAUAGACUGGUUCUGGUUGUAGGGCAAGAUAUGUUGACAUGGUUCUAAAACUUUGUCCUUGUUGAUGAUGAAAAUGUUGAUUAGUUUAUAAAUGUUUAUUGUUUGA